AUGAUUGACAGUUCAUUGAAACUAACGCCAGAACCAUUGAUAGCCCAUAGUUUCUAUCGCAUACCACGCAUCUCGGGCUUAAUUGUGGGCAUUUGGCCCCGAUGGAGUCGUCCUUGGUAUAUCUGUUUGGUAUUUUUCUUCAGUUUCUUUGUGGUUUUAGUUGGUGCUGUGGGGGAGAAUCUCUAUGGAUGUUUACACCUGGACAAUUUGGUAAUUGCCCUGGAGGCCUUCUGUCCCGGCAGCACCAAGGCCGUUUGUGUAUUGAAAAUGACCAUAUUUUUUAUGCAUUUGCCGCAAUGGCAUAGCCUGAGUGAACGUCUACGCCAUAUGCUUUAUGAGAAUCAAGAUGAGGUUAGCCAACGUAUGUUAGUUGGUCUCUCGACGACAGCGAAUCGCCUUAGUUUGCUGCUCCUUGCAUCUGGCAGUAUGACCAAUACAGCAUUCAAUGUUCAGCCUUUGAUAAUGGCCCUGUAUCGUUGGUGGCAAGAGUUGCCAGGACAAGUGGAGUUGCCAUUUAAUAUCAGUUUGCCCGCCUUUGCUAUCCAGCAGCCCAUGUUUCCGUUCACCUAUCUUCUGUUGACUGCAUCCGGUUUCUGUACUGUAUUCACAUUCAGUUUUGUCGAUGGUUACUUUCUCUGCAGUUGCAUGUACAUUUGCGGAGUCUUUCGGCUCGUGCAACAGGAUAUUCGCAGAACAUUUGAUGAUUUUAAGGAAGUGAAUGUAUUCACAACUUCCAUCAACAAUGGCAUACGGCAAAAGCUACAAAUUAUCAUCGAAAGACAUAAUGCUAUUAUCGAUUUGUGCACGGACCUAACGAGCCAGUUCACCGUUAUCGUUUUAAUGCAUUUCCUGUCCGCAGCUUUUGUCCUGUGCUCGACCAUUUUGGACAUCAUGUUGAACACAUCAUCAUUGAGCGGCUUAACCUACAUCUGCUAUAGCAUUGCGGCAUUAACCCAACUGUUUCUAUAUUGCUAUGGCGGGAAUCAUGUCAACGAAAGUAGCCUUGCCGUAGCGGACGUGCUAUACGAAAUUGAGUGGUACAAAUGCGAUGCCAGGACUAGAAAAAUGAUUUUAAUGAUAUUGCGACGUUCGCAGAGGGCUAAAAGAAUUGCGGUACCAUUUUUUACGCCCUCUUUGCCAGCCUUCAGUUCGAUACUCAGCACAACUGGCUCAUAUAUCACACUGCUGAAGACAUUUCUAUAA